UGUCUAGAUCUCAACAUGACGGCCCAAAUGAUAAGUCUUAUCUCUAGCUUAGGGUUGACAAUAAGUAAUCCUUAUGUCUUUAUCAGUACGGUAUUGGCCAUGGACGGAUUAAAAUCACUAGAUCUCACUCCUUACGGAAUGGACGCGGCUACAUUGCAAGGGUUGCCCAAAAGGUUCUACCCAUAUUUUGACUUGGUCCACAUCGUUCUAUGCGUCCUAUCCGUGCGUAAAGAAGCCGGUCGGGCCCAUGGACAAAAGCAUCCCUUUGCCACUUGGGCAGCUUGCAUGUUGGCAUGUUUUGCCGGUAGCAUUCUAGCUAACCCGUUGCUAGGGAAACCUAUCUUGGAUGCCUUUAAGGACGAGUACUUAUUGGCUUGUGCUAGCGGAGCUUAUGCUCUCAUGUUUUUCUGCCCUGGAGAUUUUUUCUACCGGCUUGUGACGGCUCAACCGGUGUAUAUUGUUCUCUGUGCCGUUAAAGAGGUCUACAGGGCUAAGAAGGUCUACGCCGGAAUGUUGGAAGGCUCCAAGUAUUAUCCGGAUUCCAAGGUGUUUAUCCCUUUCCUCAUCGGCGUACUGAAAGGCAAUGGAUCUGCAUUUAUGGCUCCACUAUAUCGGAAGUUGUUGAGCACCGCCAAGUCCGGAUUGAUGUCCGAACUUUUCAAGCCCUCCAUCACCACCAAGGAAUGCAUGCUCGGAGCAGGAUUGAUGAUUUUCUUUGGUCCUUCCAACGAUAUCAUGUACGCCGCCAUGGUGGGUCUUUACUUAUCGGUGAAGCUAUCCGGAAUCUUGGGUCAUCCUGUCGAUCCAUUUUCAUUGUUUGACGGCAUAUGGGAUGCCGUUAUUGGAGACGGUGGCACCGACGGGAAUGAUAAAAAGACCAAUUAGCUCAAGGGCCAUUGAAGCGGGAAAAUUGAUUCCAAAUUCCGAGACUCGUCCUUGAUUUGUGGCAUCUUUGGAAGAAGCAUAAUUUCUUGGCCCGGCGGCGAGCGAUGCUAGAUGAUUACCUCAAAUACCUCCUUCACAGAUUGUUACCUCGCGAUUAAAAGUAAAACUAAGUAAUAUAUCAAUGAUGUGUCCCUUCAAA